AUGGCGGAGAAGAAGCCCGAGUUGGCGCAACCCUCGUCAAGAAACUGGGUGCGAGUAACCCUAACGUCGGCCAAUAUCAAGUCACUAGAAACAGUGUCAACUGACCUGAUAAAGCGUGCAAAAGAUCAGAACCUGCGUGUAAAAGGCCCAGUACGGAUGCCAACAAAGGUUUUGAGGAUUACGACACGAAAGACCCCUUGCGGCGAAGGAUCCAAAACGUGGGACAGAUUCCAAAUGCGCAUACACAAACGUGUCAUUGAUCUGCUUUCAACAGACGAGGCGGCCCAACAGCUUCAGCAUAUCUAUCUUGAGCCAGGAGUGAAUUGUGAUGUGAAGGUUGCCGGCGACUUGUAG